AUGGGCCUCUUCAUGAUGUUCAGGCCUUCAGUGUGUGAGGUUCUGCUGAUUGGUUCAAAUCUUCCAAUCAUUGCAGCUCCAGGUGAUGAUGUCAUCCUGUCGUGUCACCUGGAGCCCACGUUCGAUGUCCAGGGUCUGACGGUGGAGUGGUCCAAACCCGAUCUGAAGCCCGACCCGUCAGACCGGCUGAGCCGAGUGGAGUACGUUCACCUGUACAGGGACAGGAAGGAGGUCCCCGACAUGAAGAUGGCCUCGUACUUCAGGAGGACGGAGCUGUUCAUGGACGACAUGAAACACGGGAACAUUUCACUGAAGAUCCUGAACGUGUCGGAGGAAGACAACGGCAGAUACAGAUGCUUCAUCCCCAAGCUGAGGAGCCGAGUGAAAGCUGCUGUUGUUGAACUUGUAGUCGAUCCAAAGUAUGCUAAGACCUCUACGACAGAGAGUCCGGUGUAUCCUAGAAACUUCCAAACUCCAGAUCCUCGUGACGUGUCUCCAAGAAAUAGUCGGUCCAGGGUCUUUCUGGUUGUCGUAGUUACUGCCUUCGUGUCGGUUGUGGCUGUCACUGCGUAUUUCUCUCACCGUCAAACAAAAUAAGCAUCAAGGCGACGAAGUGACCCAAACCAACCAUAACAAUUC